CUCAGCUCGGCAAUAACCAAAGCAAGUUCAGCAUCAACCAACAUGAAGUCGACCAUCUGCCUUCUCGUGCUCGUGGCCUUUGCCGCAGUCCAGGCCUAUCCCAAGCCACGAACGAUUUCAUCAAGCAGCUCGACUCAUGCGCAAAAAGAUGUCUCCAGGGCCGAAACUGCCUCUACCGCCAGUGACGGAUCAGCAGUCAGCAAUGUCUCCGAGUUAGACAAUGAGGCCGUCUCCAACGACAACUCUCGCUCAUACGCCGACGGUAACGGAAACGCCAUCACUUCAUCAUCACACAACGAUGCUCAAACUUACGCACAAAGCACUGGCAACACCGUUAGCAAUGCUGACGGUACAUCCGCUACAUCCAGCACCCUGGACAGCACCUCCACGUCUAACCAGAGCAGUGACAUGAGUGAAUCCCUGAACGACGACGCUGACCAGGCUGCAUUCGAGAGUGCAGCUGGCUAUGGCUCAGCAUCAGGAUCAGCAUCAUCCGGCGCAACUGCAGCCUCUGGUUCAGCCGAUGGUAGUGGAGGAUCAGGAUCCGCGUCAUCAGGGUCUACAGCCGCAUCUGGCUCCUCAGGUGGUUCUGGAUCAUCCGGAUCAGCGACGUCAGCAGGAUCAGCCGCCUCCGGAGGUGUAGGCGGAAGCCACGGCUCAUCUGCAGCAGAUCAGCAAGGAUCAGCAGCAUCAGGAUCAGGCUCAUCAGGGUCAGCAGCAUCAGGAUCAGCAGCAUCAGGAUCAUCAGCAUCAGGAGCAGCAUCAAGCGGAAACGGUUCAGGAUCAUCAGCAUCAGGAGCUGCAUCAAGCGGAAACGGUUCAGGAUCAGCAGCAUCAGGAUCAGCAGCAUCAGGAUCAUCAGCAUCAGGAGCAGCAUCAAGCGGACGCGGAUCAUCAGCAUCAGGAGCUGCAUCAAGCAGAAACGGAUCAUCAGCAUCAGGAGCUGCAUCAAGCGGAAAUGGUUCAGGAUCAUCAGCAUCAGGAGCUGCAUCUAGCGGAAGCGGUUCAGGAUCAGCAGCAUCAGGAUCAGCAGCAUCAGGAUCAGGCUCAUCAGGAUCAGCAGCAUCUGGAUCAGCAGCAUCAGGAUCAGGUGCAUCAAGCGGAAAUGGCUCAGCCGGAUCAGCAUCAUCAGCUGGUGGAUCAGGAGCUUCUUCUGCUGCAGGAAAUUCAUCAUCUGCCUCAUCAGGAGCAUCUUCCGCAGCAGCUAAUGGAGCAUCUGCCGCAUCAGCAGGAAAUGGUUCAGGAGCAUCGGCUGCAGCAGGAAACAGUGCAUCAGCAGCAUCUAAUGGAGCAUCAGCCGCAUCAAACGGAUCAGGAGCAUCAGCCGCAUCAAACGGAUCAGGAGCAUCAGCAGCAUCAAACGGAGCAUCAGCAGCAUCAAACGGAGCAUCAGCCGCAUCAAACGGAUCAGGAGCAUCAGCCGUAUCAAACGGAUCAGGAGCAUCUUCCGCAACAGGAAAUGGAUCAUCUGCCUCAUCAGGUAGUGGAUCAUCUGCGGCAUCAUCAGGAAACGGCGCAUCAGCCGCUGCCGGAAACGCAUCAGGAGCAUCUUCCGCAGCAGGAAAUGGAGGAUCUGCUGCAUCAUCAGCAGCUGGAGGAAGCAAUGCCGCUGGAGCCGCCGCAUCAGGUUAAAGCUUCGAAAACGAUCCAAUAGCAAUCAGUAGAUAAAUAAUAUACGACAAACCCCGACCUCUGUGCAACGAACGGACUUCGACAAGGCUCUGAAGAAUAAGGAUAUUCUCGUUACAUCAUCGGUUAUGAUAAUGAACUUGCUUUCCAACUUAACGAAUACUGAAUUCCAUGUCUUUAUGAAUCAAAGCCUUUGUUAAUCGUUUUUUAGUUUAAGAAUAUAAAAUUUCGGCAUUGUUUUGGCUUGUACUAAAUUAUUGAUUUAUUAAAAAAUAAAUUUAUUCGAACUUCA